AUGGAUGAGAAAAGAGAGACCUCACUUCCACUACCAAAGCUAGCAAAUGAUCCGGCAUUUGUGGGUUCGAGCCCUAGCAACGAUGGAUACGUAACUGUGCUGACACCCGACAAUAAAGCGCUGGCGCCUGGUAUGGACGGCCCCGAUUUUGAUCCGAGCGGCUUGCGCAUGAAUGUUUGGACCGUAGAUUUGUUUGACGGUGAUUUGCGCACUGCCUACUACUGGUGGGUCUGCUGCUGUCCUUGCGUGCCGUUAGCACAGCUCGAGACUCGCUUGGGACUUAACUCGUUUAUUGUUGGGCUAUUGAUUGAUCUCAUUGCUUUUACUGGCCGCUUUGCAUUGAUUAUAACCGCCGUGAUCACUAUAUGCUACGGUUAUGUUGUUAUCUCCGUUGUGUGUCUGGGGUUGUGGGCCCUUAGCUUGAAUUGGGUCGGUCAUCGCGUUGCCCGAGUGCGUGUGCAGACCCGCGAGCGCUUGGAUAUUGCUGGCACCUUUCAGCAGGAUUUCACAACGGGGCGCAUUUUUAGCGCUAGCGCCAUUCGUCAAAUGGCUGUACAGCUUAAGUGUGAUCAGCUGCACUUAGGCGCUCCAGCUACGCUUCAGGCAUACCAAGUGUAG